AUGGAUACACCUCCAGCGCCUCCAUUAUCAAACGAUGCUUCGUCGGUAGCGCAACAAGAACCGCCAGCUGCGCUCCCCGAGGUAUAUCAUGAAGGAAUUCCCGAAUCUGUAGAAUCCGAGCGUUUGUCCGAAUUGAAAAAAGUCGCCAGCGAGCGUGCAUCAAGAGAAGGUCCCUGCGUGACCAAAGGAAGUCCUGCUGCCCUUGCCC